GUGUAUGAAAGUGUGUGUGUGUGUGCGUGUGUGUGUGUGUGUGUGUGUGUGUGUCCACAGGCUGGAAGACAGGAGCCCUCUUCUCAUAUUUUUUGGGUGCCACCUCUUCUUCCUGCUCCUGCUCUCCCACCUGAUACGAAGACCUGUCUGGAGGAGAGCUGAUGAGAGGGAGGUGUGUGUUUGAAGGGAUGGGGAGGGGGGCGGUCAGCUUGGCUGGAUGGGAGGUGAUGAUUAGAUGAAAGGGGCCAGGUGAGGAGGAGACACAGGAGCGCCCCUCUCUCCUCUCUCUUUCUCUCUCUAUCUCUCUGUGACGUGGUGUGUGUCUGUUUGCUGUGUGUGUGUGUGUGUGUGUGUGUGUGUUGGGGGGAGAGAAAGCGAAACAGGUCGGCUCUCCUUCAGUAGACUGUGAACCUGCACAGGAGGAAGCAGCCCUCUCCAGACUGAGAUCUUUCCAUCUGAAGGUCAUAUUGGAGAGAGAAGGACAGCUUCACUAAAAGUUAUGAGGAACUGAGUGAGAACUCCUGUGAUCGUCUGCAGAGCUCCAGGCUAAAAUCUACUGGGGGUCAGGGCCUGCACAGCUCCAGCUGCCAUGACAGACACCACCGCCUGAGCUUCUCAGUGACACCCUAUAACAGGGGAGGAUGGGUGAUGGGCCCGUGAAGUUCAGCAGACUCUCUCCUCCUUAUCCCAUCCUCUCAUGGAGCGUCCUGUCACACCGAGCCCCUCCUGGAACACGUCUCUCCAGGGCCUACCCGUGUUUCCAGACUCGCUGCACUCGAACAUCUCUAACGUGACCAAGCCGGUCUUAAGCAGCCGAGGUGGGAUAGAUGUGAACCAGUCCUUGGCGCUGUGCGCCAUGCUCAUCAUUGAUGUGCUGGCAGUGGUGGGGAACUUGGCUGUGAUGAUUGUCAUCACCAAAACGCCACAGCUGCGCAAGUUUGCCUUCGUGUUCCACCUGUGUCUGGUGGACCUGCUGGCAGCACUGGUGUUGAUGCCUCUGGGGAUGCUGUCAGACCGAAUCCUGGUGGACGAGGCGCUGUGUCGGAGCUACCUCUGCUUGAGUGUGUGUCUAGUGAGCGCUGCCAUCCUCACCAUCUGUGCCAUCAAUGUGGAGCGCUACUACUACAUUGUCCACCCCAUGCGUCACGAGGUGAAGAUGACAGUGGGGGUGGUGGUGAUGGUACUAGUGGGAAUCUGGAUUAAAGCUGUUGUUAUGUCAGUGCUGCCUCUCCUGGGAUGGCUGCUCCAGGGGAGCCAAGGUGGAGGGACUCCUUCACUCCUCGUUCAGGGUCAGAGACACUGCUCUCUACACUGGACGGGAGGCAGGACCACACGGCUGCUUUUCAUGGUCUUCUUUACAUUCAUCUAUUUUCUGUGCCCCAUGCUGAUCAUUCUGAUCGUCUACUGCAACAUGUUCAAGGUGGCGCGGGUAGCAGCCAUGCAGCACGGCCCCCUUCCCACUUGGAUGGACACGCCACGACAACGGUCUGAGUCCAUCAGUAGUCACUCCACCAUGGCGGCCAGCCUCGGUGGAACUGGUGUCCGCACCACCCCUCAGAGGACCUUCAGCGGCGGGAAGGCUGCGGUGGUCCUGGUGGCGGUGGGAGGCCAGUUCCUCUGCUGCUGGCUGCCAUAUUUCUCCUUCCACCUUUACUCGGCUGUGGCGUCUACCUCUCCCACCUCGCUGGCCCAGCUGGAGGACGUGGUCACAUGGAUUGGCUAUUUCUGCUUCACCUCCAACCCCUUCUUCUACGGCUGCCUGAACCGGCAGAUUCGUGAGGAGCUGGGCCGCCACCUGGCUUGUCUCUUCAAGCGGGCUGGGCCCGGCGAAGGGGAGCAGCUGCCCAGCCGCGAGGCGUCUAUUGAGGAGAACUUUUUGCAGUUCCUUCAGGGCACUGGAUGCAAUCUGGAGCCCUGCAACUCUCACAGCAGAGCCAGCCCAGAGGAGCCAGAGAAUGAGGGCCUUCAGGAAUCAGCUGUUCAGCAGAACACGCCAGCUGACUUCCACAUCCCAGGGCAGAUCCUUGAGGAAACCUCAGAGUUCAUACAGCGGCAACAGCUGAACAAUGAGCUACAUGUCUCAGAGAACUGCUACAAAACUGUACCAGAGCUGUAGCUGCCUCUCAUGUACUGUCUCUUCUGCCAUCUAUAGUCCAAUAAAUAUACAUAGUUUUAUUCCUAUUUUCUAAAGAUAUGUUGAAAAUACAUCUUGUGUUUAUGCUACUACAGUGCUUUUAAGCUAAAAAAAAUCCAGUGAACUGCAAAACAUUAAGAAUUUAAGGUUUUCAGAGAAAGACAAAGACGGAAAUAUUGUGUGCAUCAUCUCACUCGUACCCUCCAACAGUCACGGAGCAUUACAUGUUCUGAGGGCCAUAAAGUGGUCAGGCUGUUUUCUGUGUGAUGUUAGCAGAUGGACACUAAACUCUUGUUGUGUUGAUCACAGGUCAGUGGUGUGACAAAAUCACAUUAAUGUAAAGACGAGCUGAGACCAAAAACUUCAGGGGGAACACAGUUUUCACAAUUUAUGGAAAACUAUAUGAGCCAUUAAAGGUCCAGUGUGUCGGAUUUAGUAGCAUCUAGCCGUGAGGUUGCAGAACUGAAACUUUUCCUGGGUGCCAAGCGUGUAGGAGAGCUAUGGUAGCCAACGGCCUUAUCUAGAGCUGGAGUUUGGUUUGUCCAUGUUGGGCUACUGUACGAACAACAUAGCAGCUCUGUUGGAGAGGACCCACCCUGCAUGUAGAUAUAAACAGCUCAUUCUAAGGUAACAGAAACACAAAGAUUCUUAUUUCUAGGUGAUUACACCAUUGAAAACAUAGUUGUGAAUAUUAUAAACCGUUUAUGUCAAUAGGUGCCCCUAGAUCGUACACACUGGACCAUUAAGUGAACAAUUUUGAGACAAAUGCUCAGUGAAAUGUUAGUCUUAAUGUGCAUUCCUUUGUCCAUUCCUCAUUAAAAGUGGGGUUCACCAUCAGACAUUAUAGUAUAACGUACAGUAUGAAAUUAGUCACACAUCACACAUCACAUUUUUGUUUUUUAAGAAUUGAAGAGGCCCCCUGACAGUCGGUUCAAAUUGACACAGCCUGUUGUCUGUGAACAAGCAGGUGUUUAUUAUUGAUUUAACUAAUGGUCUAACCAUAAAACUACCCUGCUGCACCUCUAUUUGGACACCAUCUCCAACAACAUAUUAUGUCUUUUGGAAGAAACACUAAAGAAAUGAGCAGGAGGCACAGUACAGGUUGUAAGUUAGCUGCCACUGUUUAGAAUCUGUUUCCAUCAAAGUGUAUUUAUUCCUCCUAACACCGAAAAAUGAAUGCAGAAAUGUUUGUUUUCCCAGCACAAAGCAGUGAAUAUUCAGAGCCAUUUUAAAAACUGUCUUUCCGUUUAAAAUAUUCAGUGUGUUGAAUGGGAUCAUUUCACAGCUGGUGCUGCUGCUGGUAUUUAUAAUAAACAGGCUGACACAGCA